AUGGAAACUACUAUCCGUUCGUUACUGGUGCUAUUGUUGUGUGCUGCGGCAGUAAAUGGAGCCACCCUUGGCUGUUACUCCAAAGUGUCUAUUGCAUCUACUCCUGGUUCUUAUAUGUAUCAAGCGGAAUCAUACUGUCAGGAAAAGUGUUCUGAUUCUCAGUAUUUUGCUAUUAGUAAUGGUAACUUCUGUGUUUGUUUGUCAUCGGCUCCUUCAUCUUCGGAUGAAACUUCCGAUUCUAGCUGUAAUGUCCCAUGUGCUGGUUAUGGGUCCCAAACUUGUGGUGGUAAGAAUGCAUAUACUGUCUACAGCGUAAGCGAUUCCGGGGCUGCAUUGUCUGGUUCCUUAUCUUCGUCAUCUUCCUCCCUGUCUUCCUCAAGCGGUGCCUCCCUGUCUUCUAAGACAUCUUCCUCUUCUAAAUCGCUGGCAACAAAGACAUCUUCCGAUACAUCUUCUCAAGGUACUGUUGCAUUUACUACAACGGAUGCUGGUGGAUCUGCCUCAGUGAUAUAUGUGACCACUUCUAUCACCCCUCCUGCCUCGGCUACUGCUUCCACGGUUACCGAGACUUCUUCAGCCACUGAUAAAUCAUCUUCAUCUUCAACCUCAUCUUCAUCAUCCUCACCUUCAUCUGACAAAUCUAAGAAGACAAACGUUGGAGCCAUAGCUGGUGGGGUUGUCGGAGGGGUUGUUGGGCUAGGAAUAAUUGCUGGAGUAGCAUUCUUUUUCUGGCGUCGCCAUAAUGAAGAUGAUGACGAUGAUUACCUUGAUGAAAACUAUAUAUUUGAAAAGAAUAAUGGUGGAUCUGGAAACGGUAAUGGAGCUACAGGCUUACCAAUUCCGAUGUCACAUUCAAACUCAAAGGUGAUCAGAGGUUCUUCCAAGAAGUCAAGAUCGUCACCUUUUGAUACCCCAUUGGCUAACCCAUUUGCACAUCCUAGUGAUGGGGCAUCUGCUAAUGAAAUUCCUGUAACCGCCUCAGAUCCAAGAUUAAACCCUUCAAUGUUGGGUAGAAGGAGAUUGAGUGAGGGCAGUUUAGCUGAUGAAACUGAUUAUUCUCGAAAAGUUCUUCAAGUUGCCAAUCCAGAGUAG